CCAAAAAUAUCAUGGAAAACUUGCCACGCUCUUUGAAAUUUCUGGAGCACCGCAAGGUCCACAACAAUGACAGUCCGGAUGGAAUGUGUAUUUGGAAUUUGUUAAUUUCUUUAAUUUCUUUUUGUUGUUUAACUACUAUCUGUGAGUGUGUGGAAGAGAUCACUGAUCAGACAUGGCUUUUGCUGCGGUUAAUUCUCUUACUCGGAUUCUUGAGCAGAUGCUACAGCAUCAGCAUGUCAUUCUUCCCAAUAGACAACGAGUUGAAUCUCUUCUCAAAGAGGUUAGUUUGUUCGAAGAUAUUCUUGAAAAUUCUUCAACAAAAAGUAGCAAAAAAAUAAAGUCUUUUGAGAGCCAAAUCAUAAUUGCAGCGAAAAGGGGAAAAGAUCUCAUUGAAUCCCGCAUUAGGGAUCAACUUAUUGGAACAUCUCCGUUGUGUGGUAAUGUUCUUUCAAAAUCUGCGAUGUCGGAUUACAACUUAAUAUUCUCAUCUCACUGCUUGAAGAAAUUAAAAAGAGAAAUUGAUUUCAUAAAGCAACGAGUGAUGAAGAUUGAGGAGGAGAUUGGAGUAAAAGAAUGCACUCCUGCUUCUGAUUCAUCAAGACCUGCUGCCUCCAGUUGCAAGAUCACUAUGGUGGGUCUUGAAGAUGAUUUCAUGGAGAUCAAGACUCGGCUAGUUAGAGAAUCGUUGGCACUUCAAACUGUUUGUGUUGUCGGGAUGGGUGGAAUCGGUAAGACCACUAUUGCUAGAGAAGUUUACAAUGAUUCUUUUAUUUUGUUUCGGUUUGAUACUCGUGCUUGGGUAACAAUAUCUCAAUCUUAUGAUGUUCGACAAAUCAUAAUCGGCCUUCUAGAUUCCAUGGAAAAGCUCACCGAAGAGAUUGGUAAAGAGAGCACUGAACGAUUAUCAGAGCAUUUGUACAAGAAUCUAAAGGGCAGGAGGUAUUUAAUUGUAAUGGACGAUGUGUGGAAUACGAAGGUUUGGGAUGAUUUGAGAAAACUAUUCCCAAAUGACAACAAUGCAAGUCGAAUCCUGCUGACUACUAGACUCAAGAAUGUGGGUGUUUACGUCAACUCUAGUCCUCCUCUUCAUGACAUGCAUUUUCUAAAUGAGGAUGGAAGUUGGAAGUUGUUUCGUCAAAAGGUGUUCGGAGAAUAUUCAUGCCCUCUUGAACUAGAGGAAAUUGGAAAGAAGAUAGCCCGAAAUUGUGGAGGACUUCCACUUGCAAUUGUUGUGAUCGGAGGCCUCCUUUCAAAGGCCACAAAAACACAACAUUAUUGGAGAAAUGUUGCUGAAAAUUUGACUUCUGUAAUAAUUUCAAAUGAUGAGCAAUGCUCAAAAACAAUAUCUUUAAGUUAUAAUCAUUUACCUCAUCAUCUGAAAGACUGCUUCCUCUACACCGGAAUUUUUCCAGAAGAUUUUGAUAUCUCUGUCUCCAAACUUGUCAAGUUAUGGGUUGCUGAGGGAUUCAUAAACCAAAUGGGAUCUAAAAGCUUGGAAGAUGUAGCAUAUGGAUACUUGUUGGAUCUUGUUGACAGAAGUCUUAUUUUGGUUGGUGAACAGAGCUCUGUAGGCAAAAUUAAAACAUGCAAGAUCCAUGAUAUAGUAAGGGAUUUUUGCAUCAGAGAAGCUAAGAAGGAGAUGUUUUUGGGUAUCACUGAUAAGAGUCUCAACGAUAUUCCAGUAGGCACUAGUCUAUGCCGCCUAAGUGUUUAUCCAACUACAACAAAUAUUUUUCCUUGUGAUGAUAAAAAACUAUCUUCUUUACAAGUGAGCUCUCUUUUUAGUUUUGAUCGGCAUUUUAAUCAUUCAGUACAACAUCUAAAUCCUCGGCCCCUCAGAGUAUUGAACAUGGUGCGAACGCUUGGCAUUGGUAUUCAAGGUGAACUGAAUGAAUCACUAUUUUAUAACUUGCAUUACCUCGCUUGUGACUGUGACCAUAAAUGGUUUUCUAUAUCAUCAUCGUCCAUGCUUCCAAAUUUACAAACGUUAAUUCUGUAUUCAUUUCACCCACCAAUAGAAGUGGCAAUAUGGAAUAUGCCACAACUAAGACAUGUCCAGGUGGAAGCACUCUUUCUAUCUGAUCCUCUUGAGGGUGGAAAUUCUGUUAUUGUUCUGGAAAACCUACGAACAUUGUCCCUAGUGCGAAAUUUCAGAUGUUCAGAUAAGGUCCUUAAAAGAAUUCCUAAUUUGAAGAAAUUGGGAAUUAGUUAUGUUUUGGAGCCACCUGAUUGGCAAUACUAUUGUCUCAAUAAUCUUGUCCGUUUACAUAAACUUGAAGCGUUAAAAUGUCGCUUGCGUGUGCCAAGUCCUUGUUUACUGCAUCAUCUCACUUUCCCUCCCACAAUAAAAAAGCGGUUUGUAUCUUCCUUGGAAAGAUAUGAAGAUUGUUGGAUUGUUGACCAAUCUUGAAGUGCUCAAACUAGAACAUUAUGCCUUCGAAGGCCAAGAAUGGGAACCAGCCGAAGGGGAGUUUCUUAAGUUGAAGCAUUUACUGCUUGAAGAUCUGAAUCUGGAGAACUGGAGAGCUGAUAGUAUCCAUUUCCCGAGUCUUCAGUGCCUAAUCAUUAGGUACUGUAGAAAUUUGAAGGAGAUGCCUUGCGGUAUUGGAGAAAUACUAAUGCUUCAAUUGAUCGAGUUGCAUUGUUGUGCCGAUUCACUUGUAGCUUCAGUAAAGCAAAUGCAAGAGGAACAGCUGGGUCUGGGAAACGAUGGCCUUCAAGUUCGCAUCCGACUCCAGACAUAUUGAGGCUAGGAAAUUGUUGGCUGUAAAAAGGUGCUCCUCCUGAGGUUGAAGCUGGUCAUUUGCCAACUGAGCCUGCUGCUUUUCUUGCCUUUCUUUUUUAGUCUUGCACACUUUUUGCACAUGACCAAAUUGCUUACAAUUUCGACAUUGGACUCCUGGCCUAUACCGGCACCACUCAGGUGAGUGACCUGACUUCUUGCAAUGGAGACAUGGUGGAUAUAUAUUGGUCUUCUCAGCAGACUUACUGCCUUCUCCCUUUUUUCUUUAUGGUCCUGGUUUCUUCACCCCAAAGCUUGCUGGUGCUUUGUACUUCCCCUUGGCAAACAAAGCCCCUUCAACCUACUCUUCUUGCCUUAACAGCGUUCUUUGUUCAGUGGCAUGAAGUGCAUUAACCAGCUCAGAUAAGGUGAUGGUAGAAAGAUCUCUUGAAUCCUCAAGUGAUAAUAUCUUAGCCUCAAACUUUUCUGGUAGGCUUAUCAAAACCUUUUCAACAAUUCUUCUAUAUUACUAAUCAUCCCCCAACAACCUGAUUUUGUUAACAACCUUCAUCAGCCGAUCAGAAAAUUCCUUCACAGUUUUUGCCUCCUUCAUCUUCAAACUUUCAUAUUCUCUCCUCAAGUUUAAAACUUGCAUUUGUCUAGUCCUAGCAUUUUCCCUGAACUCCUCUUGCAGCCUGUCCCAAGCUUCCUUAGCCGUUUCACAAGUGAUUAUCCUAGUGAAAAUUGCAUCAGACACGGCAGAUUGAAUGUAGGAGAGUGCCUUGAACUUUUUUGCAGCUUCCUCACUAUGUUGCUUGAGUUGAGCUAUGAUUGGAUUGGCUCUAAGUGGAGGUGGUUCCAUCCCCGUCUCGGUGAUUUCCCACAGGUCGUAGGCUUUGAGAUAGGCCUUUUUUUUUUGCAGCCCAGAAAUCAUAGUUUUCUCCUGUGAAACUGAUGGUAAUGGUGCUGAAAAACCGGUUGAAGCUAUUCCUUCCUAAUUUGAAUAAUCACUCAACUGAAUAUAUGGUUUUGUUGGAGGUUACCUUACUUGUUUUCUCUUUUUCUACCAGAUUUUGCUUCUAAGAUCUCUAGGAGCUCUGAUACCACUGAUAGAUUUUAAAUAUGUAAACAGGAAGAUGAAGUGAAAAUUAUUCAGUUCAUAUAUAUAUUAUGCUAAUGAUCGACUGAUUUUCUAUAUAUUACAAAAGGAUUUCAAUCACAUUUCAAUCACCAACUAUUCUACCAACUAUCCUUACCUUGUGGCAGAUUGACCAUCCUUUGAUAAGCAACAAAAAAAUGAUCAUACAUAAGCUAAUAUAAUACUUGCACUAUUACAAAGUGAAGUGACAACAAAAGUGACACAUGACUAUCAACACAAGUAGAGCAUAGCCGUAUGUAUACAUGUACAGAUUGAAUCAAUAGAAGUGUUCAUAUUUUCCUUCUAAUCAUUGAGAAAAAUUAUGUCAAAAGGCAAUAAUUACUUUUAAAAUAAUUAAUCUUUUACUCAAAAGUUCCUUGCUCAUCCUCAAGCUUAGCCAAACUUACUCAUAGUAUUCCAACAUCUUUUGGAGGUGAAGUUACUUUGCUCAUGGUCGUGUUGUCGGUAGGUACUUUGCUCAUAUAUUCUUGAUAUUUUUUAUAUAACACUUAUUGAGCACUGAAUUUCAUAUGGUUGUUAGUCGAUUUGAGUGAAUUUCUAUUGAAUUUUACCUUGUUUGUAACGCUUUAGGAGACACCAGGCUUCGGUGGCAUUUUGAAGAAAAUUGAAGGAUGGAAGAUAUUAGAGAAGAAUUUCUUUAUAUUUCUCUUCUCUAAUUAUUAGGUGAUUUACUCCAUAAAUUAAAAAAGCAAAUGUAGCCACGCCACCUCCGAUUUCAAGCCCUAUUCUUAUUGUGCCAGGUUUCUUUUCUCUCGUCAAACAAGAUCAAAACAGUCCUUGCCAUCGUCAAAACCUUUCUGAGUAUGCAUACAAUUGAUGAGACACGAAUAGUUCUUGCAGUUAUAUGCUAUUAGGAAGUGGGUAUGGUUCAACGUAUUCUUUCUGUGCAGCUGGAAGGCAUCAGCGCCGAGGAAGUGGCUCACAUCCCCAGAACAGAAGCUUUUGUGCUAGAAGCUCAUUGUCCGGGCAGGAUCCAUUGAAUUUGUACGACAUUACCAGCGAAGCAUAUCAGGGAAAAGUGCACACGGAUGGCCAACUGGAGGGAGGAUUUUGUCGGAAUCAAAAUUCGAGUUAUACACUGGUGGGAGCUGCUGUGGGGAUGCGAAAGCAAGAAACUCAUCGGGGAGGUCUGCUGCACUUUCCGCUGCAUUGAAUUCUUCGACUAUCUCUACUUUCAGGGUUGGCUCGGGAUCUUUUGGAUCACAAUCAGCAGUUACUCAAGGUUUCAGAGAACAUGGAGAAUACAAAGUAACGGAAAUGAAAAGAGUGAGAAGAUUUGAAGAUAAAAAUAAGAAAAGAUAGAAAAGGUUAGAAGAGAAAGAUCUUGAAUUGGAAAUCCAUGGAAAUCUGAUUUGGAUUGCUUAGAGUUGAAGAUCAAGUGUGUUAUAUAUAUGAACUUCUUUGGAUUAAACUUGAAUUAUCGAUAUAUUAUGUUUGAAUACAUUUAAUCACGCAAAAGCAUGUUGUUUUAAGAUGAUCAACUGGAUUUGAGAAAUGACUCCAAGUUGAUAAUGGUCUAAUAAGGUUUUAUUCUUCACUUCAAUAUAUAAUAACGUGCAAUUCUCUUCUA